AUGAAACGGGGAGCAGAGCUUUAUAUCACCAAAGAACACGGAUCUACCCCCAACUCAGGUGGUGUAGAAGAACAGCGCACCAUGGCGACCGCUGCACAGCAAGCGCGUCGAAAAAUCAUCCAGCCUAAAUCACGAACCGGCCGAUCGACAACCCCGACCUCUUCGUCCUCAUUCGGUGGUCAAUCGCAGUCUUCGCCUUUUCAGCUGGGCGGAAGCGCGCAAAACACGUCUCAGUCCUUCCCACAACCUUCACAAUCGCAAAGUUUUAAUUUUAGUGUACCAAAUGCCUCUUUCAACUUCGGCAGCCAGCAGAAUGGACCGGACCAAUCUUUUCCGAACCCUUUUACGAACCUCAACGGUAACGGUGGUGCAAAUGGUGGAGCGAUGGCACAAGAAAAUUCCAUGAAUUCUUCACAACCACAACAGAGUGGAGGUGUUUUCAAUUUUGCAUCAAGCACGUCUCAAUCUGCACCCGCCACAAACGGAUGGGGUUUCGGUCAAUCUCAACCAGCCACGGGUGGCAGCAAUGCUUUUGGAGGAGGAAGCAGCGUGUUUGGCCAGAAAGCGCAGGAACAACCAGCAUCGUCAGGAACUGGACUGUUCGGCUCACAACCGCAAACAAAUGGCUUCGCACCAAGUUUCGGUCAAAGCACUUCCGCCGCAGUCAGUCCUUCACUGUUCGGUCAAACUUCAGGCUCGACUACACCCACUUUCGGCGGCUUUGGAGGUACUUUGACUACCGCCCAGGACUCUUUGCCAGCUCCAGCUCCAGCUCCCACGUUCAAGUUUGGAGAAACGACGGUGGUCGAAAACAAGCCAUCCACGCCUCAGCCGGAAGAGUCAACCACUCCAAAGAGCAAACCUUCCUUCAGCUUCGGCCAGACUGCGUCGUUUGGAAAUAUUACAACAGAUACUUCGACUACUGGUUCACCUGCGCCUGCUUCCGGCGGCUUUGGCCAAUCUGCCACACCUGAUACCUCUACUUCGACGCCUACACAGUCAUUAUUCUCGUUCGCGAAACCCGCUGAUGCUGCCCCUCAACCACAGUCUGAACCCGCAAAACCUCUCUUUAGCUUUGGACAGUCUGCCACAUCUACGCCGCAGCCACCAAACAACAUCUUCGGUUCAAUGUCAAAGCCAGCAGAGAGCAUUUCCUCAACGUCGCUAUUUGGCCGGGCACCACCUGCUGAUGAACCAUCGAAAGAGCAGGAGACCAAGACUACAAAUGAGCCACAGCCAGGUGAAGAGUCGCAACAGCCGAAGAACCCAUUCGCGACUCUGUUUGUUCCUAAGAAGAGUGAUAUUGUCCCCGAUAGUGAUGCUGCCAAACCAAAACCGUUGUUUAGCUUCGGCCAGCCAGCUACUACUACUUCAGAUGCCCCAAAAAGCUCUCCCUCAACAGAGCUGUUCCUUAAGCCUGCUACUACACUACAACAGCCAGCUGCCAUGGCUCAAUCUAACUCUCCCUCGUCAACUCCCAACACCUCCAGUGGUGGUCUUUUCUCGCCAAAACCUCCUACAACCUCCACGAUCAGUCUCUUCAACUUGAACAAGCCUACCCCUUCGGCUGAGUCUAGCACACAAGAACAGAUGUCCCAGAAAGUACCCUCGUUUUUUGGCUCGAAUACCACAAAUGCUGGGUCAACGCCUUUCAAGCCAUCGCAAACUUUCGAACCACAAGAUGAUGCCCCACCUGCAAAGAGGCGUCUGUUCAAUACAUCGACCGCUCGAGAAAAUAUGGCUAGAGAGGCCGGUGUUGUGCCAGGUCCUUCAGAACCCGUACAGCCAAAGUUUACUCAACCGCAAAAACCUCAAUCUGCAACUGAACAAAUUAGCCGAGCUGUUUCUACCGAAGGUCCUCCCUCCAUCCCACGACACCUUAACGCAGACAAGUACAAGUCUUAUGAUGAGAAUUGGCGAUUGAAAGCACUCAACCGGCAAUUCCAGAGGUCCGUCACUAGCGCAAAUGUCGACACUCAGGACUUCGCUAGUCUAGUUCAGAAUUAUCUUGACCAUCGAGAGGCCAUUGGUGACGGACUUGUACAGUUUAUGAGAAAACAGACCGCCGGGUCAAAGAGAAAGGCGACGGAUGUCGAUGAUAUGCAGGAAGACGAUGCAAAAAGUAAGAAGACGAAGCCAAGUGGAGAUAUUGCCAACUCGAAGCCAACAUCCAACAACAUAUUCGGCAGUAGCUCGAUAAAACCUGCCGCGACGACAUCGAACAUCUUCGCACAGUCGACAAAACCAACUCCUACAGCUUCCAACAUUUUUGGCUCGGUGCCGAGUCCUAAACCUGCGACCACUUCCACCUCUGCGAGCACAGGAAAUUCUGCAACUGCAAAUUUAUUCAAGAAUAUGAUCCCAGGAGCCACGACAUCACCCUCGUUUGGCUCGACACCCGCCAAAUCCACGACACCACCUUCUUCACCUCCAAAGUCUGCUCCUCAGCCAUCGAAAUUUGAGGUCCCGAAAUUUGGUGCUGCUGCUGGCGACUUUGCAAGCGCGUUCGCUUCGAAAGCCGAGAAGAGUGCCGCACAGCUCAAGAGGACUUCUGCUGAGAAGCGAAAAUCCGAAGACUUUGACUCUGACGAAGACGAUGCGGACGAGUGGGCCCGAAAAGACGAAGAAGCUCAACGAGCUAAAAAAGCCAAGAUUGAGGCUGCUGCAAAAGGUGGUUUUGGCUUUAUUCCUAGUGCGUCUACAAGUCGAUCAAAUUCACCUUUUGCUUUUGCCUCCAACACAGCGCCUGCUGCGCCACAGUCUGUCACUAGCGAAUCCAGAGAGCCUGUCAAUUCUAUCGAGAACGACGACGAUGGCAGCGUGAGGACAGAAUCUAUUCACGAAGGUUCUGGCAACUCUGGUGAUGACGAACAUGAACAAGAACAAGAAGCUGACGAUGAUCUCCCUGAGGAUGCAGAAGAGGAGGAAGGAGAGCCGAUUCCAGAUCUUCCAAAGGCCGAAUCUCUUUUCAGUCGUGUCGAGAAGCCGGCUCACCAAGAGAAAGUCGAUGAUGAGCCAAUUCUGCAAUCAGCUCGAAAAGACUACUACAAGCCAGGUCUGAUGUUCGAUCAUAUAGGCAAAUCCUCUCCAGAUCAGCCGGCCUUUUCACCAUUCACUCCAGCCACGGUAAAGCAGGACUUUGUACCUACUACCACGUUUCAUUUCAAUGCGACAAAACCUGCCACUCUCGGCGACUCAUCUAGUGUCUUUGGUGGCGGGCCUUUGAGGGAAGGCCCGAUUCCUGGUGAAGGACUAUUUGGCUCAAGGCCAACCACGCCGCAGCCUGCUAACGUAGAGAAAGCCGGCAGCAACGGUGGCAAUAUCUUUGCAUCCAGCUUCGGCGGCACAAAAUCGUUCUCUGGCUCAGACAACACAUGGACCAAAGGUUCUCCCAUUAAGUUCGGUGCCUCAACUGACUCAGAUAGAGAGAAAGAUACAGCCGCUCCUGCCAUUGAAGUCUCGGCAGCCACCCCGCCAGCUAAGGGGACUAGUAAACCACUCUUUGGUACCUCUACUGGCACUCCAGGUGGCUUCUUCGGAGCAGCAACCUCAAACGGUGCCUCUGUCGGGUUCUCGUUCGGCACUCCAUCAACGAGUGCUGACUCUUCUAAACCAGCGCCAGGCUUCCUCUCCGCUGCUUCUCAUCUCGGUGCAUCUUCGGGUCUGAAUUCACGUGGCUCGAGUCCCGGUAUUCCAUCUGAAGCAGAAUCAAAUCUAUCUGGUACUGACGCAGAAGAUACAAACGAACAUGCUUCUCAGCCUCAACUCGAUCUGAAAUCAGCCAAUGCUGGGGAAGAGGAUGAGUCCGCCAUCUUCGAGGCGAAAGCCUCUUUAUCACGCUCCUACAACGAAUCUGAUCUACCUGAAAACACAAAGUUUAUUGUUGGCUGGAAUAAGAUUGGUUCUGGAUUUGUAAGAGUGCUCAAACAUAAUGACACAAACAAGUGCAGAAUCGUGUUCCGUACAGAACCUGGCGCGAAUGUGCUCUUGAACACGCGAUUGAUUUCUGGUGUCCGGUACGCCAGUGAACCCACAGGCAAGCAAGGCGCCGUUCGAUUCCUCGCCAGCGUCGAGGGACAGAAAGAUGGACAGCUAGGUCAAUUUCUGAUCAGGGUAGGCUCGAAAGAGAAAGCAGAUGAGAUGGCGAAGGCCUGCGAGAACAACAAAGCAAAUUAG